AUGUACUUCCUCCGCCGCGGUCGCACCCCACAGGCCGCCCUUCUGCUGCUGUCCGUCCUGGGCUCAGAGGCGGCCGAGAGUCCUUACUCCGCACCCAUCCCCAUCCUCAAGGACGACCGGACGCAGGAUGCCUACGGCGGCUACUCCUUCGAAUUCGAGUCCGGCAACGGCAUCGUCCGACAGGAGUCCGGGAAGGAGAGCGACGGACAGGCGAAGGAGGGAGGCUGGAGAUACGAGUCCCCUGAGGGCGUCCCCGUCGAGAUCUCCUUCGUGGCCAACCAGGGGGGGUACCAGCCCCAGGGGGCUGUCAUCCCUGUGCCUCCACCCCUCCCCUACCAGAGGUCCGGGAACUAG